GACCGGAGAGCGUCGGCGGCGGCGACGACGACGACGUAGCGAAGCGUACGUCCCGCUUUUUUUCCUCAGACCAGCCCCGAGUGGCGGCCUCGCCGAGUGCGUCUGUGUGCGGUGCGGUGCGUGAGGUGUGUGCUGGUUUUUGUGGUGGUUUCCUGUGAGCCGGCGGCCAGAGUCAGCCAAGAUGCGGAUGGACUGCGUGGACCGGGCCGUCUCGUGGCUCUUCAAGGUGGUGGGGGAGUUUAUCGCUCGCUACCCGGGCUACUUCGUCAUCGUGCCCCUGCUCGUGGCCGCGUGCCUGGCCACGGGCAUCCAGCGCAUGGUGUACGUGGACGACCCGGAGUACCUCUUCAGUCCCGUCAACGGCCGGUCGCACGACGAGCGGCGCAUCGUCGAGGCGCUGUUCCCGCAGAACACGUCGUUCAACUUCGACAUCGGUCGCCAGACGAAGCCCGAAAAGUUCGGUCGCCUCAUCGUGAUGACCCGCGACGGCGACAACCUGCUGACGCGCAAGGUGUGGGACGAGAUCAUGCUCCUGGACCAGAUCGUCAGGAACAUGACCGUCCUCUGGGACGACGACAUCUGGAUGUACGAGCAGAUAUGCGCGCGCGACGGCCGCUUCUGCUACCCGAACGAGCUGCUCGACUUCUACCCGUACAUCGACCAGAUCGAGAACGGCACCUUCAAGCUGGAGUACCCGCUCCGGAUAGACCGGGCGCGCCAGAAGAUCUACUUCACCGGCGCCCUUAUGGGAGGCAUCGAGCGUGACGCCGACGGCUUCAUCAAGUCGGCGCAGGCGAUGGCCAUGUUCUACUACCUGGACACGUCUUCGCGCAAGGCCAACCUGCGUUCGCAGGCCUGGGAGUACGCCUUCCUGGACCUCAUGGAGUCGCUCGAGUUCGAGCACAUCCGGCUGGCCUGGUUCACCUCGCGGUCGCUGGCCGACGAGCUGGAGAAGAACACGACCACGGUGACGCCUUUCUUCAGCAUCACCGUGGUGAUCAUGCUCAUAUUCACGGUGACCACGUGCCUCAUGCGCGACGCGGUGCGCAGCAAGCCCUGGCUCGGCAUCCUGGGCUGCCUGUCGGCCGCCGUGUCGGUCAUAGCCGGCUUCGGCAUGGUGAUCUACCUGGGACUCGAGUUCAUCGGCAUCAACAUGGCCGCGCCGUUCCUCAUGUUAGGUAUCGGAAUGGACGACACGUUCGUGCUGCUGGCCGCUUGGAGGCGAACCAACCCCCGCAAGAGCGUGGUGGAACGCAUGGGCGAGACGUACCGCGAGGCGGCCGUCUCCAUCACCAUCACCUCGCUGACCAACUUCAUCUCGUUCUGCAUCGGCGCCAUCACGCCGUUCCCAUCGGUGCGCAUCUUCUGCAUCUACACUGCGGUGGCCGUGCUGUUCACCUACAUCUACCAAAUCACCUUCUUUGGAGGAUGCAUGGCGCUGUCCGGAUACGCGGAGCGCCGCAACCUGCACGGCCUGCUGUGCUUCCCCACCAUGCCGAAGUCGCAAGCGGGUGGGCGCUCGUGGCUGUUCCGGGCUCUGUGCACGGGUGGCCUCAACCCCAACGACCCGGACAACCCGCUGGACAACCGGGAGCACAUAAUGAUGACCUUCUUCCGCGACUCCUGGGGCGGACUGCUCAGCCUGUUUCCCAUCAAGAUACUGGUCAUCCUCGUUUUUCUGGUGUACCUGGCUAUAGGACUCUGGGGUUGCACUCAAGUUAAGGAAGGACUGGAGCGUUACAAGCUGGCCAUGGAUACCUCGUACGCCCGCGAUUUCUUCAACAUGGACGACAAAUACUUCAGGCGAUACCCGCUGCGGAUACACGUGGUGAUGAACAAGACGCUGGACUACUGGAACCCCGAAGUGUACGACAAACUGGAGGAGAUCAUCGGGAGCUUUGAGAACAGCAGCUUCGUGCAGAACACGGACCUGACGGAGUGCUGGUUCCGCGAGUACCGCCGCCAGACGCUGGACGGCCCUUUCAAGGGAUAUUUCGGCCAGUUCGACCUCACCGACCCGCAUGACUACAUACAAGGGCUUAGGUUCAUGCUAAGAUUCGAGCCAUUUUCGACUUUCAAGAAGGACAUCAAGUUCAACGAGAACUACACGUCCAUCGUAGCCUCUCGCUGCAUCAUCCAGACGACCAACAUUUCAGACGCCAACAUGGAGAAAGACAUGGUGCUUGACCUGAGGCGCAUCGCUGACAGCUAUCCGGAUCACCAUAUCACCGUGUUCCACACGCUGUUCGUCUUCUUCGACCAGUUCAUCCUAGUGCGCGAGACGUCCAUUCAGUCCAUCGGCGUUGCUGCCGCCGUCAUGAUGAUCAUUGCUCUGAUCUUCAUCCCGAGUGUUUCGUGCGCUCUGUGGGUGGCCUUCUCCAUCUGCUCCAUCGAGAUCGGCGUCAUCGGCUACAUGACACUGUGGAACGUGAACCUCGACUCCAUCUCCAUGAUCAAUCUCAUAAUGUGCAUCGGAUUCUCGGUGGACUACUCGGCUCACAUAUCAUACGCGUACCUAUCGUCGGACGGUCCGACGCCCAACGAGAAAAUGAAGUGUGCCCUCCACUCCCUGGGAAUGCCCAUCUUCCAGGGUAGCGUGUCCACCAUUCUCGGCAUCAUCAUCUUGGCGUUCGCGCCGUCCUACAUCUUCCUGACCUUCUUCAAGACGGUGUUCCUCGUGAUCCUUUUCGGUGCGCUUCACGGAAUUCUGCUGUUGCCGGUGCUGCUGUCCAUGUCGCACUCGCUCUGCAAGAAGCAAAAGAAGGCCAUCGUGACGCACCCGUUCUUCGUGCCGCCGCACCCGUCGUCGAACGGCUGCAAGACACCGCCGGUGAUCGUCACUUCGGGCGACUCGUACGGGUCUCUGACCGUGUCCUCCUCCAACAACAAGGACGUCAAGCGCAAGCUGAGUGGUGAGCUGAACCAAGAAAAGGAGAUACCCAGCAGCGAGAGCAGCAAGAACCUGCUCACCAACAUCGUAAACUAUUCGACCUUCCAGGAUAGCAGGAGCGGAGGUGACCAGGUGAACCCGGGCUUCCAGCCUGACGAAGACGAAGAGCACGACACUGUGCCUGGCAGGAUAGCGCCACCCUACAACUGGCCCGCGAAGGUGCCGCCGGCCGAGCGAUGCCUGCACAGGAGACACAGCUCCAACGAUAUGAAGUCCACACCGCGGCUUUCUAAACAGUACAGCGUGCCGUCCUGAUUGGCCGGCUGCUGUUAACCCGUCUCCCAAGCCUCCUCCCCAGCCUCCAGCGCCUCACCCGCCCAGCACUGGGCCGACGAACGGCGACGAAAGAUGGGAAGUCUAGUCCUGUGCACUGUGCGAUACGGGCUGCUUGUGUUGUACAUAAACCAAAGUGCAUUUUGUCGUUUUUACUUGUCCUCUUUGCCCUCGGACGAACAGGGCGUGUGUACGGUGUCGAUGACGACGACUUAUGGUACGGAUGGACCUGCUUUGACAAAUCAUCUGCGCGCGUUCUUCAAAUGCAACAGUGCGCUUUGCACCUGUAUAUCUAGUACUGCAUUGGACAUUGAGCACAUUCCCAGCUAAAACCAGUUUUUUCUCGUGCAACAUGCUCAAGGAUUGUACAGACGCUCUGUUGUUAGACCUGAAGCGCCCAUUUUAUGCCUGCCUAGACAAGGUAUUCCGAGUGCCCAGUCUUUUGAGCACGACGAUGAAUGAAACAUCUCUGCUUCAAAUUUGUGCUUGAUUGGUGACCCUAAGAACCGUUUUGCAAUUGCAUUUUAAGUGCCCUAAGUUUUUUUUAUUUAGUUGUGUUUGGUUUCUUUGUAUCGAGACGAUAAUUUCACGACUUGCACCUUUUUUGCGAAUGUAUGCUACCUUUUAUUUUUUAUGCUGCCGUGUGUUUGUGAGAGUAGUGUGAAUUGAAUUGUUAACAUUUAAGAUAUAGUAUGUACUGAGAAGUUAAAUAUUGCGUUUUGUGUCAACGAGUUGUUUUCGCAAUGCUGACAUGUUGUGAGAAGUCUGCGAUUUCACGAAGGAGACAAAGCAUGUCGGUUGCGUCCGCGCUCGUUCUGCGCACACAAAAACACAACGGGUCUUGCCAACUGCUUAGCAGUCGCGGACGAAAUAUACCUAUGGUACGAAACAGAAAGAAAAAAAAAACAGUGAGUCAUACAGCUUCUAUAACUGUAACGGCAAUUGUCUUGGAAAAUAUGCUUGAGCGCACCGUUAAAUUACGGCAAGGCGUAAGUGACCUAGCUGUCUUUUAGCGCAGAAAAUACAGUGACUUAGUUAUACACAGUGCCUUUGGCUGCUCGUUUACGAAUCUGUACUUGAAGGACAAAACACACUAAGGAAAGGCCUUUGGAACCAAAAAGCCGAACUUCGCAUUUUGUCUCAGGACGAAGACGCGCAGACGCCGCAAAAAUUGGAAUACAGAGGUACUUAGGUAGAUGUGUGUGUGCGCUUCGGCUUUUCGGCCAGCAGCCUACAUUUUAAAACAUUGAUUUUUGGCAAGCAUGGGAGAUUUAGCACGAGUACCACCAUUCUGAGGAUUAUGACAAGCAGAAAUGUGUACUUAGUUUUAACGUUCGCGUUGAUCAAUGUAUCGCAGGCGUGCUGCAUCUUUCUUGAUAAAAGUACGACGGCGUACGUAUUUAGAGCCUUACUCACCGAAAGCCACAAACGUAUCUAGCAGCUAAGCGGACUUUGAACAGUGCAGUUCCUUGCAGAGCUGUUUUUUGUACAAUGCAAAUGCUGAUUAGAGAUUUAGACUAUAGUAUACCGAAUGGUUUGGGGACGCGAACCUGCCGGUCGUGCAAACGAAGGAAAAGAGUGCACAAAAUAACGCGCCUGGCCCGCCAUGCAGUUGGUGUCCCUAACGUUUGGGUGCAGUUGCCUGAAACUCUCUGCCAGAAAUCGCUUGAAUGUCUAUCUCUUGAACGCGCACCUUUAUAGGAUCAUUGUCGCGUCGCUUGAACGAUAGGCCUAACGUCCAUUCCUAAACAGAUACUUAAAGAAAAAGAUUCACGUACAGUUUGAAGAAGGAAACCCACAGUUAUGAAUUUAAAGUACAUGCACACUUUUUAGGCUGCCAGACCGCAACAACAACGCAGUCAGCACUUCGAGUACAAGCUUGUCGCGCCUUUGAGGAAACCGUUGUGUGAUGACGCAAGAAAUUCAGACGCAACAUGAGUAUUGGACAGCCCCAGGGACGCACACGCAGGGAAAAGAGGAACACGACAGGAUGGUUCGCUGACUCUAAACUGCACCUGGUCAGCCCAGCUGUCCUUACUUUUGCAAUUCGGAUUACUCAGUUAUAUAUAUAAAAAACAAUAAUGUUUUCAGCCGUUUCGGUAUAGCCGAAGACGGCGAAGCAACCACAUAUUCCUGGUUGGUCUUGCACGUGCUGUUUCUUUGUGUGUUGUUUUCUUGACGUCGUAUCAGGUUGUUUAUUUUAUUGAUAUCGAGUGUAUGAUAGUGAAUUAGGAUGCGAUAGUAUUCAACUGCUGUACAUACAAUAAAUGCGAAUAACGAAUAAAGUUCACGUUGUUUUAAAAA